GAACCAUCAAUUAGCUCAUCGUUUAAACCCAUGCACUGCUGAACAACUCGUCCGGCGUGAAUUAGCCGUGGCCUUCAUCAACAAAAGACUUGAUUCAAUUCGCUAUUUGCCAUUCCGUUAAUGCUGUCAUCCAUUGCCGCACGCUUUAAUCCCCGUUCCUGAGCUUACGCAUCAACAUCAUGGUCGCCCCAGCGGUCCCAGAGAUCAUCGAGGACGAUAGCAUCUAUGCUUCAAUUGACGCCCGCACAGAAGCUUUACAAAAUCUAAGGGAAUUGGGCCCUCCGGACCUUGUCCAUUUAGUGAAGCAAUCAAAGACGAGCCCGAAUAAUCAGACUGGCGUCUAUCACCAUGUCACUGGCGUGGACGCCUCUUCGUCGGCCAGCUUAGCUGCUUACGUCAAUACCCUUACAUACUCCCCCGUCGAUAAGAAUCACAAGGUUGUCUCGGGAAUAUACUGUUGUUAUAAUGCCUUCUCCCACGUUGAUAUGCGAGUCGAAGUUAAGAUUCCAGGCAGUCUCGAGAGCUACUGCAUUGACGAGCGCGGAGAUAAACGGGUUGUGACGGAAAUGCUAUGGCUCGAAACUUUCCUAUGCGGUGUCCUUCGAGCGUACUCGUACGCGGACAACGGCAAUGGCGAUAGCAUAAAAAAUAUUGUUGGCGUUAGAAGGUUCAACCCUGUUACGAACACUGAAAUGGAGCACAAGUUUCUAGAUGCGGCUGAGAAGCUAUUUUUCAACGGGAGACAGCUAAGCUCAGACCCGGAAACACAAGUCCCUAACACAGUUACGAACCACCUAACGUCCGGCAUUUUAAAAUAUAUCCACACGACGGGACGAUACGCUUCUGGUAUAAAUCUCUUUGAAAAGCUACGUACGCGCGAUGUUGAGGUGUCGUCGCUCCUAGCGCGCGUCCUUAUUUCUGCAGAUGAAGAGGUGCAAGCUGUACGGUUAUUACAUGACGCACUCCAAGACUUGCCAAUGGAUUACUCUCUCCUGGAUUGUCAAGCAGCCUUUUGCCAGAGUAAGGGUGAAAGCGAGAUGGCACUUGAAUGUGCUAAGCGUAGCGUUACUGCCGCUCCCAGCGAAUUUAGCUCCUGGGCUCGGUUAGCAGAAGUAUACAUAAACAUGGAACAGUGGGACUUGGCGCUUCUAACUCUGAACUCGUGUCCGAUGUUCACCUAUCAGGACAAGGACUCACCGCGGAUGCCACCACCUUCUCGAAUUCUUUUACCCAUCCUCCCUGAGAGCAUGCUGGAUGAAAUUGAUGAAGGUCAGCCAAAGCAAGGAGAGCCUCAUGACGCCGUCCAUCCCACACUUAGGAAGCUACAUGCUGCAGGGUACCAAGGCACUUUCUUGAGAGCUUACACUCUGCUCGCAAAAAUCGCGGCGGCGAUUGGUUGGGAUCAGCUCCUGAAGAUCCGAAGCGAGGUUUUCGUCAUGGAGGAGGAGUAUAGAGCGGAGCGCCAAGUCAAUGCCAGGCGUUCUUCUGCUGCUGUCCAGAACGCCAGCACUGUGGCUUUACACGAGGCAACUAGUGGAGCUGGACAAGUGAAUGGAAAUGGAGUAGACGGUCAAGAUUCAGAGAAUGCCGAAGGAAGCGAUGAGGAGAACGAAUCGUCAGAGGAAGAUAACACUCGAAAAGCCAAGAAAUCCGUGACUAUUGAACGCCCAGAACAAUCAGUUGCUUCGGAAGUUGUCAAAUCUGGUGGAGAAGACCCUGAUGCGACCUCUAAUUCAUACACGCAGUUCAUGAACAAGCGAUUAUGCGAGCGCUGGCUCGACAAUUUAUUCAUGGUCCUCUAUGAGGACCUUCGCGUGUACACUAUCUGGCGAACAGAAAUGGCACAAUCUCGCGAACAAUCAGUUGAUUAUAAGAAAUCAGCCACAGAAUGGGAGAUCCUCGGCGAGCUUGCUGAGCGUCUUCAUCAUUUCAACGAAGCAGUGGAAGCCUACCAACACUGUCUAUCCAUCAGAUUCUCUCCGAAGGCGAUGAAGGGUAUUCUGAAGAUGUAUGAGCGCCAGGGCGACACGCGCGGGAUGCUCGGUGCUCUGAUCAGACUCAUUGCUUGGCAAUAUCGGUGGUAUUCAGAGUUUUCCCCUGAACUCCUCUUCACCAUCCGCAAACUGAUCGAAGAAGAAGGCGCCGUCAAAGUGCGCAGCAUUGUACAGGCCACAAACCUUCCGCAACCUGUCUUGGAUCUGACACACCACUACUGCCAACUGUGCGCUACAUUCAGAAGCAGUGGUAGUGAUGGUUAAUAACUCUCACUGGUUUCCUUUAUCCCUUCUCUUUUACUUUGCUUUUAGUCACCUCCUGGCCACAUUCCUCCGUUGCUUACAUCUUACCGCAUCUAAUGUACCUUGAACCCGUUUGUUCAUCUCUACAUCCUAUCUUGCGACCCCAGGUUCGCUAGUCAAUACCAUUGGCCAGAAACGUGGAGUUGAGUUUGGAUGGACAAGAUACUCCCUAUAUACUACACGGCAAUCGGUUGAUUGCUUCGGUUUUGUCUUGCUCCCCUUUUUUACCUUUAAUGUGGUGUAGUAAUUGAACACAACAGAAAACCUUUAUUAUCUAUUUAAUAUAUGUAUAUGUAUAUUAAUCAUUCCUUCCUUCUUUCCCAUCAUUGAUAUCAUCAAUCCAUCUGGAUUACGAGGCUUUUGCAGGCAUGUGUCGCUAGUGCAGUGCAGUCCGCACUUUUGCUGACAGGACUUUCCCCGUAAGAGCAUUCCUAUUUAUGAGCUCCUUCAUAUCUCCCCGACGUAGAAAAUAAUAGUUCCAAAUGCAAAAAAGUCCCUAAGGAUGUCAGGAAAUCAUUCAACUAAGGUCAAGAUUGCGGUGGUGGGACACCAAGCCGAACUGAAAGAUUCUUGCAUACCAUCCAAUAAGGGAGGCAGCUCCUCCACACUAGUUAAUAAUGAUCACUGCCUUGCGCGAAUUAAGGGGAAUAAUAGAUAAUCAGCCCCUCUAAUUAAACCUCACUCGAUAAUAUUUCAGACAAAAAUGCACACGCCUACACAUACACAAACAUUUCAUUUUCAUAUUUUUUGUU